AUGUCUGUAAGCUCGAACGUGUUGUGCUCAGGAUCGCUAUUCCGGGUGGCUGGCCUGAAUGCUUAUGAGACCUUUCAGACAACGGGGCUUGGCAAAGAUGCCAUUACGACCCAGUGUGUGCUCGACAUCACGCAGUCUCUCACACAGCUUGGGCUGAUGGGUAUCGCAAUUGAUGCCCUCGCAAAUGCAGACUGCAGUAAUCCAUCUGUGGGAAGAGUGACGACAAAAGCCCUGCCGAAGUUCGUUCGCAAACGGCUCGAAAAUAUACGAAGAGCCAGCUGUGGCGCAGGCAUCACUCAGGUCAUUGCUCAAUUGGGACUCGUGACGGUGUUCUUGUCCUUCACCUCGUUUCACUGCACCAACGUAGCCAACAUCGGGGCAAUCUGCGGUGCUGGUGUUGCAGGCGCUACCGGAGCUUUGUCGGGAAUCGCAGCAGCCGGGAUGGGUGCCUACAUCGCUUGCAAGGAGGGACAGCGGACGAACGCCACCGCGGCUUUGGUCGAAAAGUUUGCAGCGGAUUUCGUGGCCCAGGAAGCCGAAGACAUUGUGCAGGCCUCAUGCCCUUAUCUCUCACUGGACUGCUUCCUGGAAUUCACGACCUUCUUUUCGAACUGCCCACCCGGUGCGACGACACCAGGACCUGUGGACGCAUCCUGUCCCGUGGUUCCAUCUCCCAAAAAAUGCCCAGGCAUCCAGCGUUGUGCGAAAGAGUUUGAGGAGCUUCGGCCGAACUUGACAACAUGGUUUCCGUUUCCGAGCGACCCGGUGGAGUUCAACGAAGUUGUAGAAAACGCCAACUCCUGCUUCGCAUACUUGACAUGUUUCCUGAAAAGCUCACCACCGCCUGGGAGACGCCUCGAAAGUGACACAAGACGCAUCGAAAGUGACGCGCGGCGAUCCCUGCUCUUGCAGAAAAUCUUGGGCCCUCAUCCUGAGCAAUGGCGCUUGCUGAUACAUGGCGGGCCAGGUGUUCACAGGGGCAGGCUUCCCGCUGAAGGGCUCGAGUGGAGCGAGCGGCUGUGGAAUGCCACGGUUGUUGAUACCGCAGAGAGUAGCGUCAGCAGUGAUUCGAUACUUCACACUACGCUCAGGGGCAGCGAGUUUUUGGAGGAGGCUGCCCAAAAUCUGCACAAGCUGGAGGCAAACAGCGCUGUUUGCCCAGCUAAUGAUGGACCGCUCUUAGACGAAAGCUCUGAGACGAUCCCGUGA